GCGCGGCGGAGAAAUGGUCCAUCGGUGCUGUUCACUUGAAGGUUUUAGAUCAAAUGGAGCUUAAAACAUUAACAUUACAGGCGACAUAAAACGUUUUUAUGCAGCUUAAAGGGAGAGAGAAUUUAAUCGAUGAGGAACGAAUUAUUGUUAUAAAUGACCUGAUAACGAACAACAGCUAACAGAGCUGCUGCUGAGGAUCGAUAACAGAAACACAAGCUGAUGAGCCACAACAAAAAAGUUAAAAAAUGAUGGAGGAUUUCUCAGGCUUGGCUUUGCCGCCACUAUUUGGGGGUCACAUUCUGGAGGCUGAACUGGAGGCUGGCGGAGUUGAGCUGGGUCCAGGAGGCACUGAGAUCCUGGACAAUGGAGGGCCUGCGGCCGGCCCGGGGCAGGACGGCGAAGAGGACAGGAGGGAACUUGAUAAGAGGAAAUACCAGGCCCUGAGCAAGAGGUGCAAGGAGAUCGAACAGGUGAAUGAAAGGAUAUUGGGUCGCCUUCACCAGGUACAAAGACUAACACGCAGGAUGAAGAAAGAAAGAAGGUUUCUUAUGAAGACUCUGGACUCAUACGGAGACGAAUACAGGACAGCCCAGAUAACCAUACCAUUAGAGGACGAAUGUGGAGCCGUUUUAGAUAGUGUACCUGGUGGAGAUGAUAAUGGUUCCUCCCCCUCAGUUCCAAACCAAUCAACAGCAGGACCCAAGAAAAAGAGAAAUAGAGUUCCAAAGGAAAAAGAGAGAGAUACUCAGGCCGAGUCUGAUCUCUCUGUUCUGCCGGAGGCUUCAUUCACUGGCUUCCCGAGUCCCAGCUCCCUCUCUCACUAAGCCCCAUUCUGACAAACACUUUACAGAACAUUUAAGUUGUAUUUUUUUUUAUACUGAAAGCAGUAGAGAAUGUCUGUGCAUGUGAAGUGUAAGAUUAUUUAUUACUGUAAGAAGUGCACAGCAAAGCCAAUGCAUUCCACUGGCAAGGAGAACACGCAUGCUUUUGUUGAUGCUUUUGCAACUGUGAUGUUUUUCCACUUCUAGCCCCUCCUUUUUGGAUCUACCAUUACCGCC